UUUUUGUUAGUAGUGCAAAUUUUUUCCGAAUAUCUCCGGUUCUGGUUGCCUAAUCGGGCAAUCCAAAUAUGUUUUGGAAAGGUGACAGUCCGCUCUUUUCAUCUGUCAAAUUUGGUUUCAUUGGCAUUAGUUUUGUUUGUGCUAUAGAUCUGUGAACAUGUCGGAGAAUAAGGUGCAUUUUCGGCACAUUUUGCUUUAUUACUUCAAGAAAGGCAAGCGAGCUGCGGAGGCCCACCGAAAGAUAUGCGGCGUAUACGGGGACGAUGCCUUAACAGAACAUGCCGCUCAGAAAUGGUUUACCAAAUUUCGUUCCGCAGAUACGAGUCUUGAAGAUGGACCCCGCAGCGGUCGGCCCACCGAGGUUGAUUCGAAUGAUAUCAAGGCACUGGUUUAG